AUGACAAAUGAAGAAACAGUUCAAAACACAUAUUCAGUUGAUCUUGAUAGUUUUAGUGAUGGAACAAUUCGCAUCAUUGAAUUGACACAAGAUAUUGAGACUUUUAAAGUAUAUAACAUCGUAAAUGACACAGUUAUUAGACUUGAAGGCCAAGAUGUUCGAAUUUUUUCACGAAGUCGUUCAAUUUCGAUAAAUAUUCACAUAAAACGGAUAACUACAUUCAAAUUUGAACUCAAACCAUCAAUAAAAAUCGAGUUCCUUGGUCGAUUUAUGUCAACUCUCCUUCUAAAAUCGUUGUUUCUUUUUAAUUGCGAGGGAGACACUAUUUUCAACAUUCCUGCUACUCCAUGGAUGAACAGUACGGCAAAUGUUGUUAUUGAUUCAUAUGGAUUCUUAACAGUCCACACAAAUUGUUCAAAUUUACCAAUUUCUAUUUUUCAAAUGAUACACAAAGAACUCAACAUAUAUUUUAGUUCCAGAAACCUUAAUAUCAAUGGCGAUAUCGAUACUACAGCAGAUGUCAAUUUUCAUUGUAAUUUACCAGAUUCAAAACUUUACAUCAAAACAGUUUUAUUUUAUAAGUCUUUCCUGACUAUAGGAGGUAAUGUACAAAACAUUUUUAUCAAAACUUACAAAAGUGGCGCAAAUUUAGUUCAUGCACCUACGAAAUCUUUGAAAAUCAACAAGUACCAUAUAUCAGAGCGCAGUCAACUUAUAGCUCAUGAAAUUAAUAUCCACGAACUUAAAAUUGAUUGGUAUGGUUUAAAUGUGACUCAUCCCUACCUUUCAAGUGACAAUUUGCAUAUAGAAACUAUCAAUUUUCAAGUCCAAAAUAAAGAUAAUUUUUCAUCUGUAUAUAUUCCAUUGGCGAAAACAAAAAACGAAAAAAUAAUUUCGGAAAUUAAAGUUCAACAAAUAACAGCGGGAUAUUAUUUUGUUAAACACCAAUUGGCAUAUAAUCAAUCAACGCAAACAAUAGAUAUGAGUUUAGAACGUCAGAACUAUUAUUAUUACAGAAAAGUUGUAAUUACAGAAAAUCCAAACCCAGAUCUGACAGGAUCAUGUGUAUUUUCAUUAAAAGAACUAUAUAAGAUGCCAGAUGUUUUAUCAUUUUCAGAUAAUCGCCUUGAUAUUGAGAUUCAAGAUAAAUAUUCAGAACCAGUUGUAUUUGAGAAUUUAUCAUCAUAUAGUGACAGUAUAGAAAUAAGUGCAGAUCACACAGUAAAUAUAAUUAUUCUUGGAGAAUAUCCGAAAUAUCAAAUUGAAAUUAAGAAUGUAAACUUGUUGAGUAACAGUACAAAAUUGAUCGAUUUAUCAAUAUUAAUUAUUGCUCAUUCAAAAUUAGUUGGAAAUUUCACAAUUAUUUGCGAUAGAUUAAAAUUAACUUUUGCUCCUGAAUUUUAUCAAUAUAAUGUCACAGCAAAAAUAUUAGAUGUCAAUUAUGAAUCAGACUACACAAUAAUAUCAAAAUCUCAUCUUGAAUUUCUAAAUUGUUUUAUGAAUAUUGAGAAAAUUAGUGAAAUUAUUAUAUUAAGAAGAAAAGGAGAAGGCAACAUCACGCAAAUUGAUAUUCCAACUGCUAUUAUCGAACUAAAUGGAAUAAAUAACAUACAAGAGUUUUCGAAAUUCAAAAAUUUAAAUAUUUCAAAUGGAAACACAUCAAUUUCUAACAAUGUUUCAGUGUCACAAUUAUAUACAUAUGGAAAAGUUCUUAAACUUUCAAGUAAUACAUUUGAUGAAGAUAUGAAUGUCACAAUUUAUUCAGGAAUUAUUGAAUCAUCAGUACCAAAAACGUUUAAGAUCAAGAAUUUAAGUGUUGUUAACACAGAUCUUUCAUUGACUAAUGUGACAUUUGUUCCAGAAAACUUUGUUAUCUCAGGAAGUAGUGAUAAUUAUGAACAUAACAUAUCAUGUCGAAGCAUUGUUAUCAAUCAAGAUUCACAUGCAUCAUUGAAUAGUCUUAAUGAUUUUUGUGAUAUUAUUUUCAAUUAUUCUAUUUAUCAAACAGGCUACUUAUUUGUUCACAACAUCACACAAUCAAGUGAAUGCAAUGUCACCGCACACUUCAUCAACAACGACAUUCGUGAUCAAGUUUUCUACAACGACGUCUGGGACAACUUCUCUAUCGACGUUCUUUGUUCGGACAUCUUCAAUGUUCAUUAUAUCGAUGCUAUCUUCAGCUCAUUCCACUGGAAUUUCAACUCAAGCACAAGUUACUUUGACAUGUCAAUCCAAAACAAAUCAUCACAAACAUGCAUUUCCAUUGUCCGUCGCACAGAUACACCAGAAAACUCAGAUAAACAUUCAUCUAAAAACAUCAAGAACAUCAUUAUCAUUUCUGUUUGUCUUUUCAUUGGUCUUUCCAUUAUCAUCAUAUUUACUAUUAUUCUUGUCUUACGCCAUCGCAAACUACAUGAUAUUGAACGUUUCAUGUCGGAUACACCAAGUGCAACUUUAUUAUAG